AUGUCCCAGGGUUUGGGUGGCCUCCCGGGCCUGGGGUCUCUGUGUCUUUCAGGCUGGCUUGUGCUCCAGGCUCCUCGGUGGGUGUUCCAGGAGGGGGAGCCCAUUCACCUGAGGUGUCACAGCUGGAAGAACACUUCCGUGCAUUCAGUCACAUAUUUACAGAAUGGCAAAGGCAGAAGGUUUUUUCAUCACAAUUCUGACUACCACAUACCAAAAGCCACACCUGGUUACAAUGGCUCCUACUUCUGCAGAGGGCUUGUCGGAAAGAAAAACGUGUCUUCAGAGACUGUGAACAUCAUCGUUCAAGGCUCGACAAGUCUAUCUGUCUCACCAUCCUUUCUACCUUGGCAUCAAGUCGCUUUCUGCCUGGUGAUGGUACUCCUGUUUGCAGUGGACACGGGACUGUAUUUCUCCAUGCAGAGAAAGCUUCGAAGCUCUCCAAGGGACUGGAAGGACCACAAAUUUAAAUGGAGCCAGGACCCUCAGGACAAAUGACCCCUUAUCCCUUGGCGGGUAAUAAGAGCAAUGGCAGCAACAUCUCUAAACGUUUCUCUGGAUUUGCGACCCCAUCAUCCCCAUUAGGCAUCUCUGUGAGCACAGGAAAAACACAACUCAGACCCUGGGCUGAGGGCCCCCCACCCAAUUCUCUAUUUUCUCUUGAUCUCCAGUGAAAAGGAAAGGCCUGGGAUCUUCGAGUGCCAACAGUGAAGCCCAGUGAGUAGCUUCGUUCCUAGGAAUUGAAGUCUCAAGGCUAUACAAACAUUUUCUCUGUCCCAACCAUUCCCUCACAGCAAAGCAACAACGCAGGCUCUGGUUGGUGACCUCUAAAUGUAUAGGAGUUGUUCCUAAAUAAAUAGACCAGCAGAAGUAGUGGUUGAGGCAGAGCCAGCUGGACAGUGGUCUGCAUCUAUUGCUGCAGGGUUGGUUGCAUUUAGGGGAUCCCAAAACUCCAGACAAGAGUGUGGGGACUGCUGAGGAUCUAGGGGAUUCUUCAGAACCAGUGAAGGGAAUGGCUGAGAAAGAGCAGGGUGGUCCAGGGUAGACCAGGGGAAGUUCUCCCCCCUCGGCCUAGAGGGAAGUCUGUCUUCCUAGAACAUGAACCCUGGUGGAGGUGACAGGAAAUCACAGGGGUGAUGCAGAAUCGAGCUUUCCAGGGGAGUCUCUAUCAGAACCGGGAUGGUCUGCAAGUAUAUGCUGAUGAACUCUCUUAAUGCUGUGAGUAGAAAAUGGUCCUAGGAAGGGGACUGGGGAUUGGGGGCAGGGGAUUGAAAAAGAAAGCUCAUGACAAACCCUGUGUGUCAUUGUCCCAGCUUAAGCUAAGUGAACAGAUAUCUCAGCAUUUGAACUGAGAAACUAUGAUAUGAAAGAGUCAACCACAAACACACAGGAAGGAAAGGGCAGGGGGUGAAGACGCCUUUGUUGCCCAGGGCAGUAAGAACUAGAGAGCAGAGGCAGGGACAAUAAAACCAGCUUUUGUGUUUCAGUAUCUAAUUCAAGUAUAGCUUUGUUUACUUCAUUUAUCAAGCAAAUGUUGGAUAACCAAUACUAAAUGUAGUGAACUCCACUGAGUAAAUUGCGAAACUCUGAAAUCCCUCAGCAUGCCGACGCCAGUGGAGUGGGAAGGGAAAAGGCAAUUGCUGCUCACGGAGGAAAGCUUUCGCUAUCUCUUUCUGUUUUAGAAGUUUUAAACAGAACAUUUCUUGAUUCCAGUAAAGCAUUUUAUAAUAUCUUGCAUGCUAGUCUUAGAAGAUGGAAAAAAAAACCGUGGUAAUAAAACAU